UGCGAAUGAAUCUCGCGCCAAAAUAAUUUUGUAAAGAAAACUGUUGUCAAACGGAUACUCAAUACUUAUACACAUUUAUGUUAAUUAUUUCUAGUUGUUAUAAGUUUAAAUAAAUAAAAAUAUGGAAGACGGUGAUUUUGAUCAACGUUUAAGAGAUCUACAGAGGGAGUACCUUGAAUUUUUAGACGAUGAAGAAGACCAAAGCGUUUAUAUGGAAAGAGUAAAACAAAUGAUAGGUGAAAAGAGCAAACGAUUGAUUGUAAAUAUAAAUGACCUUAGAAGGAAAAGCCCUGACAGAGCUAAGAAUUUGCUAGAUAAUGCCUUUGAGGAGCAGAUAGCUUUUCAAAGAGCCUUAAAAGAAUACGUCUCCUCUAUAGAUCCUACAUACGCUAAAGAACAGGAAGAAUUUUUUGUAGCAUUUUCCGGUAGUUUUGGAACAAAACACGUUACUCCGCGAAGUUUAACAUCAAGGUAUUUAGGAAACCUAAUAUGCGUGGAAGGUAUAGUCACAAGAGUGUCACUAGUGCGACCCAAAGUUGUGCGGAGUGUACAUUACUGCCCGGCCACUAAAAAAGUAAUGGAACGCAAGUACACUGAUUUAACCUCAUUUGAGGCAUUUCCUACUUCAGCUGUUUAUCCUACUAAGGAUGAUGAAGGCAAUCCAUUAGAAACUGAAUAUGGUUUAUCCCGAUACAAAGACCAUCAAACAUUAACAGUACAAGAAAUGCCCGAGAGAGCUCCAGCUGGACAAUUGCCAAGAAGUGUUGAUGUGAUUUGUGACGAUGACCUGGUUGAUAAGUGUAAGCCAGGGGACAGAGUACAGGUUGUCGGUAAUUACAGAUGUCUUCCAUCAAAACAGGGGAGCUUCACGGCCGGUACUUUUAGAACUAUCCUCAUAGCAAACAAUGUAACUCAAAUAAACAAAGACAUGAACCUCACCAUCACAAUUGAGGACAUUAAGCUGUGCAAGCGAUUGGCCAAGAAAUCCACGAGCAACAUGUUUGAACUGCUGAGCAAGUCUCUAGCACCAUCUAUCCAUGGCCAUGAUUAUAUCAAGAAGGCUAUACUUUGUCUAUUGUUGGGUGGCAUGGAGAAGAUUCUGCCUAAUGGCACGAGACUUAGAGGUGACAUUAAUAUACUUCUCAUUGGUGAUCCAUCAGUGGCAAAGUCCCAAUUGUUACGUUACGUGCUAAUGACAGCGCCGCGAGCGAUCACGACCACGGGACGAGGUUCCUCGGGCGUCGGGUUGACCGCCGCCGUCACUACAGACCCAGAGACCGGAGACCGGAGACUGGAGGCGGGUGCCAUGGUGCUGGCGGACCGCGGCGUGGUGUGCAUCGACGAGUUCGACAAGAUGUCGGACAUCGACCGCACGGCCAUCCACGAGGUGAUGGAGCAGGGCCGCGUCACCAUCGCCAAGGCGGGCGUGCACGCGUCGCUCAACGCGCGCUGCGCCGUGCUGGCCGCCGCCAACCCCGUAUACGGCCGGUACGAUCAAUACAAGACGCCGAUGGAGAACAUCGGGCUGCAAGACUCGCUGCUGUCGCGUUUUGACUUGCUCUUCGUGAUGCUGGACAUCGCGGAUGCGGACCACGACAAUAUGAUCUCCGAACACGUGUUGAGGAUGCACCGAUACAGAAAUCCCAAAGAACAAGAUGGUGAAGUUCUACCCAUGGGCUCCUUGGUGGAAAUGCUCUCUACAGAAAAUCCUGACAAUGAAGAUACAGAGGAUUCCAAUGAAUCCAUAUAUGAGAAGUAUGAUCCACUCCUCCACGGAAACACCCGUAAUAAGAAAGACCAGAUUCUGAGCACAAAAUUCAUGAGGAAGUUCAUUCACAUUGCCCGACUGAUGAAACCUAAACUGACUCAAGAAGCCUCAGAUUCUAUCGCUGAUGAAUACGCUCGACUACGAAACCAAGAUAUGAUGGACAGUGAUGUAGCAAGAACGCAGCCGGUGACGGCCCGCACACUGGAGACUCUGAUCCGCCUGUCCACGGCGCACGCCAAGAGCCGCCUCAGCUUCCAGGUCACGCGGCGCGACGCGCAGGCCGCCAUCGAGCUCGUGCACUACGCCUACUUCAAGAAGGUGCUAACAAAAGAAAAGCGUCGUAAACGUCGAGCGUCGUCGGGAGACGAGGAGAACGCGUCGGACACCGAGCUGCCUUCGCAGCCGCGCGCUAAGAAGUCGAGGAAAACGCCGGGUUCACAAAGUCAGGACCCCUAUGAGUUCUCGUCGGACGAGGAGGCGGAGCCCGUGCUGCGCGCCGCGCACUCUGCGCAGCCCGAGCCCGCGCAGACGCCCGCCAGCUCCGCCAAGAAGACCAUUGACACUACUAGAUUAACGCAAUUCAAAUCAGCGCUCCAGCAAGUAUUCCGCGAGGAGCGCGCCAACUCGCUCCCCCUCGACCGCAUCACGUCCUACGUCAACGAGAAGUACUCGCACGAGACCUUCGACUCGGGAGAGAUCCAAGCGGCGCUGGAUCGCAUGACGCAGGACAACCACGUCAUGAUGGCGGACGAUAUCGUAUUCCUUAUUUAAGACGCACUUUUAUAUGCAAUUCAUGCCACUGAUCUUUGAUUUUAACUUUAGGAAUAUUUAGCUUCUGUAUAUUUUAACAUUGACCAUCACCACCUAACCGCCUACAUAACAAAAGUAAAUCAUUAAGAAUACGUAAAUUUUCAUAUUGAAAUGAUAAACUUAUUAAAACCCCACCAGUAGAUUAUAAGUAAUAUAGAUCAGAGAAGUGAAUACUGAUAACAAUUUAUAAGAAAAUUGGUAUACUGUCCAGGGAAAAAUUUAUACCAUAGUGCAGUAGGGGUGACAUUACCGUUGAGACUAUACCAAGUACAUUAUCAAUAUAUUGCCUCCAACACUAAAUAGCUCAAAAAUU